AUGGCAGAGACAACAACAGCAAGUAUCAAUCAGCACAAAAGAAAGAGAAGCUGGGAAAAAGAAUUUUACAAGAAUGGCUAUCCAAAAGAAGUGAUUGUUAUAGAAGACUCACCCACACCACCUCCACCUACCUGUACAACGUUGGUUAAUAACAAUACUGUUACGAGUAGGAGUAACAGUAACAGAACCUGCUUGCCUCCAUUGCCACUUGUCGCUACCACAACAGACUCGUCAUCGUCCACAAGUAGUCAUGAGUCAUUGAGUACCAACUACAACACUAGACAAAUUGUUUUGGAACCUGAUCCUAAACGAACAAAAUAUACUACUCAAUCCUAUCCAUCGCAUCCAUAUUACCCACAACAACAACAACAACAACAGCAGCAGCAGCAGCAGCAGCAGCAACAACAACACCAGCAAAUACCUCCCUUAAAUGCACAACCACCAUCCAUACCAUCCCGUUACCCUCAUCCAAAUACAGCCCAUCCUACAGCUACUAAUAGUACAGAUAAUUUCAUAAACCAAAGCAUAUUAGCAUACCAUUUAUUUCCGAGUACUUUAUACUCCUCACCGAACCCACCACCCCAACUACCAUCUGCUCCACCACCCCCACAAGCACCGCCGGUACCUGCGUCAUCAGCACUACAGUCCGCAAAUAACAUCUCACAAAUAAUACAACAGAGACCUCAGCUAACACCACCAUUACCGCCACCACCACCGGCAGUAGCACCUCUUGAAACCACGACGAAUACUGCAAAUUCUACUACUAAUACUACUACCACUACUAAUAAUUUACAUAUCAAACACACUGCCUCCACAGCAAAGAAUGUGAACGAACCUUGCGAUGAUAGAGAUGGACAUUAUAUCGUCAGAUUACAUCAAUCUCUCACCAGUCAAUACCAAAUCGUCAAAUUAUUAGGGCAAGGCACAUUUGGUAAAGUAGUGCAAUGCUACGACCAUGUGCGAAGAACCUAUUGCGCCAUCAAAAUUAUUCGUGCUGUAUCUAAAUACCGAGACGCCAGCAAAAUUGAAAUUAGAGUCUUGGACACAUUAAAACAGCACGACCCUUUGAAUUUAAACAAAUGCAUUCAUUUAAUUGAAUGGUUUGAUUAUCAAAAUCAUAUCUGUAUGGUAUUUGAAUUACUAGGCCAAUCUGUUUUUGAUUAUUUGAAAUCUGUACAAUUUCGACCCUUUACCGCUCAACAGAUACAGCAUUUAGCCAAACAGUUACUCACCAGUGUAGCAUUUUUGCAUGAUUUGAAAUUGGUUCACACCGAUUUGAAACCCGAGAAUAUUUUACUUGUACGCCCACCGACCACCACAACCACCGCUACCACUGCUACUACGACAGCUACUACCCAUGCUGCAGCUGCUGCUAGUGCUUUUCGUUCCAAUACAUCGUCUACAACGAUGACUUCUGUAUCGGCAGCUUCUUCUAUCCAUUCUCUACCGAAUAAUUAUCAUAAUCCUGUAUUAAUAGACGAUGAUGAUGACGACGACGACGACGACAACGAUGAUGAAGGCAACGAUGUGAACGAACAACAACAAAUAGAGGAAGAAUUUACAGCAGAUAUCCGUCUGAUCGACUUUGGUUCAGCAACAUUUGAGCAAGAUUAUCAUUCGGCGGUGGUAUCUACCCGUCACUAUCGUGCGCCAGAAAUUAUUCUAGGUAUAGGUUGGUCCUAUCCUUGUGAUAUGUGGUCGAUUGGUUGUAUCCUGGUCGAAUUUUUUACAGGUGAUGCUCUCUUUCAAACUCACGAUAAUUUAGAACAUCUGUGUAUGAUGGCCACUGUGUUAGGACAGAUUCCUCUACGUAUGAAGCAGAAAGCGAGCAAGGAAGCACAACAAAAGUUCUUUACAAGAGAUGCUAGUAAAAGCUUAAGGAACUAUAAUCGUCAGCAAUUCCUUAAGAAAUUUGGCAGAACCGUGAAACCAUUAGAGGAAAUUAUUCCGGCUACAAACAUUUACAAUACCUAUUUACUGGAUUUACUCAAAAAGUUACUGGUCUAUGAACCCGAGAAACGUCUUACUGCUCGUGAGGCACUUCGCCAUCCUUUCUUCCAAAUAUAA